CCCUGCCUACUCCAACCUCUUCCUCCUCCUUUCUCACACUCACAAACAUGAAAGUCAAAAACAAAAACAGGUGAUUAGUUUAGGGCUGUUGAAAUCCCCCGCCAAAAUUUCCCUCACUCAUUCGCGCGCACACACACACACACACACAGUCACUGUACUUAAAAAGUCAAAAUGGGUGCCGUUGUGGACGAUAACAAACAAGCCACCCCAAUUGGUGCUCCAAAGUCAGGUUCACCCUCAGCCUCCGCCUCUCCUCCAAACCCUAACAUCAACAACAACAAUAACAAAAACGGCACGUCGUCGUCGUCGUCGUCGAGCUCCAAGGACCACAUUCUCUCCGUGGCCUCCAAGAUCGCCUCCCAACCCCUCCAGUUCUCUGACCCCGACGUCUGGGCUGUCCUCACCGCUAUUUCCACCAAUGCCCGUAAACGCCACCAGAGCAUAAACAUGCUAUUGACUGCGGAUGAGCAUUGCAUCGGUCGUUUAGUAGAAGAUACGCGUUUCCAGAUUGAGUCCAAUGCGGUUAGUGCCAAUCAUUGCAAGAUUUAUAGAAGGAAGCUCGCCUUAUCCUCCGCCACUGCCGAUGAUUCUGACUAUUCGGUCUUCCUCAAAGAUACAAGCACAAAUGGGACAUAUCUCAAUUGGGAGAAGCUGAGAAAGAAUAGUGCCGAAGCCAAAGUUGGUCACGGAGACAUUAUCUCAUUUGCUGCUCCUCCUCAGCAUGAACUUGCAUUUGCAUUCGUGUAUCGAGAAGUUCUGGCGUCCACACCCGUGACAGAUGGUGCAGCUGCAAAAAGAAAAGCAGAGGAUUUUGUUUCUGAAAACAAGAGAUUUAAAGGUAUUGGCAUUGGUGCUCCUGAGGGUCCAAUCUCUCUUGAUGAUUUUCGAAGCCUCCAGCGUUCAAACAAGGAACUGAGGAAGCAGUUGGAAAAUCAGGGCCUUACAAUUGAUACAUUGCGCAAUGAGAAUCGUGCUUCUGUUCAGCAUCAUGAAAAUGAAAUGAAAGAACUCAAGGAUUCUGUUACAAAAUCAUACGUGGAUCAACUCAAUGGAUUGAAUCAAUUGUUGGAGGUCAAACAGAUAGAGCUGGAUUCAGUCAAUAAAAUAUCUUCUGAACAAAAACAUUCUAUAGAAGACCUUAACCGAAGGCUUAGUGCUUCUAUACAGUCAUAUACAGAAGCAAAUGCAAUAAUGGAGAGUCAAAAGGCAUCUGUAGCUGAGCUCAAGACACAAUUAAUUGAAGAGCGUGACCAGAGAAGAGGAGAACGAGAAAAGGCUGCAGCAGACUUAAAAGCAGCAGUGCAGAGAGCACAGUCAGAGGCGCAAGAGGAAUUAAAACGAUUGUCUGAUGCAGGCCUAAGACGAGAAAGAGAGCAGCAAGAAGUAAUUAAUAAACUUCAGGAAUCAGAGAGAGAAAGGUGUUUGCUAGUGGAAACGUUGAGGUCCAAACUGGAAGACACUAGGCAAAAGUUGGUUAUCUCUGACAAUAACGUUCGCCAGUUGGAAACCAAAGUUUGUGAAGAGCAGCUAGCCUCUGCAAAUGGAAGAAAAAGAGUGGAAACACUUGAACAUGAAAUCAAAAGAUUGAGGAAAGAGCUAGAGAUUGAAAAGCAGUCAGCUCGAGAAGAAGCAUGGGCUAAGGUUUCUGCCCUUGAACUAGAGAUAAAUGCCACACUGCGGGAUCUUGAUUUUGAGAGACAAAGGUUAAAAGGUGCCAGAGAACGGAUAAUGCUUCGGGAAACACAACUUCGAGCAUUUUAUUCCACUACUGAGGAAAUUUCAGCACUGUUUGCUAAGCAGCAGGAACAACUGAAGGCAAUGCAGAGGACUUUGGAAGAUGAGGAGAAUUAUGAGAACACGUCAAUUGACAUUGAUCUCAAUGUACAGUACGGGUUCAUAAAUGAAACCUUAGGCAGACAGAAAGAUGCAACGGGUUACUGUGGUAACAGCACUGCUAAAGCUGGCCCAGCUACUUCAGCACAGGGUAUUGACAGAAAUCAAGUUGAAAUUUCUAGUGAUGAAGCCAGCGUUACUGAGAAGCAUGACUGUGAUUUCAGAAGCCAAGAAGAAUGUCAAAAUACCCAAGAGGCAGAGUUUACUAGUGCAGACCAUGGCAUCAAGGCUGCCUUUGGUUCUGAAAUUGAUGGAGUUGGCACAGCACCUGUUUUGGAGGGAGAUGCCAUAGGCACUGAGCAAGUUCUUGAAACUGAAAGCCCAGGAUUUGAUGGUGAACGAAAUAUUGAUUUGAAUAAGUCCAGUACUUUAGCUGAGGAUACAAUGCAGAUUGAUGAUGAAAGCCAUGUGCAAGAAACUGAUGAGCAUGGUCAAACACUUUGUCCAGAAGCUAGGCAUGACUCUCAAUCAAAUAAUCCCCUUGAAAAUUUAAAGUCAAUGGAAGAUACAGAAGCUGGAGGCACAAUUAGAACAACAGACCUUUUAGCUUCUGAAGUUGCAGGUAGCUGGGCUUGUAGCACAGCUCCUUCUGUCCAUGGAGAGAAUGAAUCUCCAAGAAGUAGAGACAAUGAUGAAGAAGGUGAUGUAGCUCUACGUGAUUCCAACAUGCAGGUGGCUGAGAGUCAAAGUACCCCCUCUCCUGUGGCUAUGGCCACCAGAAGGACUGAAUAUUCAAGAAGCAGAGACAAUGAUGAGGAAGGUGCUAUGGCUCUACAUGAUUCCAAUGUUCCGGUGGCUGAGAGUCAAAUUGCCCCCUCUUCUGAGGCCAUUGCCAAAAGACGGAAUCAUGAACGUCAAGCACUUGGUGAAAUGAUUGGAAUUGUUGCUCCUGACUUAAAGGAGCAGUUCGAUGGAGCUAUAGAUGAUGAUUGUGAUCAAGGGAGAGAAAAGCGGGGUUCUACUUCCGACUCAGAUACUGAGAGUUGCACUGACAAUGACGAUGAUAAUGGAGUUGAUGAUAAAGGUGGAUCAGUGUCAGAUACUGAGGGUAGUGAUCAAGCUGAUAUUGAUCACAAACCGGAUGAUGCAAUGGAUGAGGAUGAUGAAGCUACCCAAGACAAUUCUCUUGGAUAGCUUUGUUGAGAGCAAAUGAAGAUGUGUGUGAUUGUGAUGGAAAAGGAUCUUCUUCUUAUCAAGUUUAAUGCAAAUGGAGACGGUUCAUUUCAAGGUGAAGAUUUACCUUCUCAUAAAUCUGAUAACCAACCAAAUGGAAGAAUAGAAAGCAUAGGGUCAUAUGGACAAUGAAAGAACUUCUGGUAACUAAAAAUUGCAGGAACGUAAGAAUGCUUCAUUAAUUUCUCCCAUUUCACAUUUUAUUUUUUUUUAACUUGUCUCCGUUUUAUGAUGUUGAAUGAUUUUCUUUGCUCAGUCAAAAGGGAGUUACAGUUGGGAAUUAGUCCUUGUCCCCUACUACAAUUUGCGUUGAUGAUUCAAUGCAAGUAUCUGUAACCACUGGUAAGGGCAAAGUAACUCUCAAGGAACAGGAGAUUUCAAGGGACGAGGUGAAAGGCAAAGUAACUCUCAAGGAACAUAAGAGAUAAGAGAGAAGGGGUUGAAGCCUCUUUUAAUGAUGAUGCAUAAUCUAUAGUUUUUGUCUCCAUUAUUUGCAGUCCCUUCUAAAUUUUUGAAUCCUCUCAUGGUAUCUAUUUGUCCAUAAGAUUUUCCCUUUUUAUUCUGAAGAAGUUAACAAAUAUGGAGACAUGUAAUACAAUUCCAUUUUUCCCCUUUCAACGAUG